AUGGCUUCGUCCGCAAGUAUCCUUAUGCCAGCGGCUGACCUCCAAUCAUUUACUGAAUAUUUGGGAGGCUGCAAACGCAUCGUUGCUCUUCUUGGAGCUGGUAUCUCAGCAUCAUCAGGUCUACCCACCUUCCGUGGCGUAGGCGGACUAUGGCGUUCCCACGACGCAAGCUCCCUCGCGACUCCAGAAGCCUUUGAUGAAAAUCCUGAUCUCGUCUGGCAGUUCUACAGCUAUCGGCGACAUAUGGCCUUGCAGGCCGACCCCAACAAAGCACAUUACGCCUUAGCGGAGCUUUCGCGGAGGAAUGAAGAUUUAAUCACAUUGAGCCAAAAUGUUGACGCGAGCAAACCAUCCCUCGAAACAGCUGCAUCUUCUUCAUGCGAAGAAAAUUACACAGACCCCAUCGUUCCUGCUCUCGAAAUCCCAAAAAAGAUUUCAGGUCUCAAUCCCUCUGCGACCGACAAGACUGGCGAGGAAGCCUCGAAAGCGAUCGCGGAAGCGCUGGGCGGCACAAGCAACGAAGUCGACAUCUCCGAUACCAGCUAUCCUCUCGCCACAGUGAACGAAAAGGACCUACCUCAAUGCCCGAGAUGCGAGGAUGGCUUGCUCCGACCGGGAGUCGUAUGGUUUGGAGAACCCCUGCCGGAGAAGACUCUUAAGACUGUCGAUGAGUGGAUUGCGGCGGGUCCAAUUGAUCUGUGUUUGGUUAUUGGCACCAGUGCGAGGAUCUGGCCAGCUGCGGGGUAUGUUCACGAGGCUCGUUCCCAGGGCGCACGGGUUGCUGUGUGCAACAUGGACCCUAAGGAUACUCCGGGUGAGCUUCAUAAAGGGGACUGGUUCUUCCAGGGAGAUGCGGGUGUUAUUGUGCCUGAGAUACUCAAGAGCGUUAUUGGCGAGAUUUGA